AAAAUGCAGAAGCAAGUGGAGGUCAGGAUGGAUGAGAGCCACUUGGAGCCCAUAGUGGACCCUACAGACAACCUAUGUGGCAGUCUGUGUGAUAAAGUCAUGAAGAAUAUGGUUCUCACCCUCACAAUUCUUGGUGUGUUUCUGGGCUCCAUUACUGGAAUGCUGUUGCGGCACAUAUCGCCUCUCCCUCCCGAUGUCGUUUUGAUGAUCGCCUUCCCGGGAGAGAUUCUAAUGAGGAUGCUGAAGAUGCUUAUUUUGCCUCUUGUUGUCUCCAGUUUGGUCACAGGAUUAGCUGGCUUGGAUGCUAAAUCAAGCGGCCGUUUAGGCACCAGAGCCAUGGUGUACUACAUGACAACAACAGUGAUUGCAGCCAUCCUGGGAGUGAUCCUGGUGCUGCUCAUCCAUCCCGGCAACCCCAAGCUGAGAGCUAAUCUUGGACAGGGAAAGAAGAACGACGAGGUGUCCAGUAUGGACGCUCUCUUUGAUCUUAUCCGAAAUCUUUUCCCGGAGAACUUGGUCCAGGCCUGCUUCCAGCAGAUCCAGACAGUAACUACCAAAGUACCGGUGCCCACUAACAGAACUAAAGCACAUCCACAGUUCACAAUCAAGAGGUCGCUUCAGUUCAAGAGUGGGAUGAAUGUCCUGGGUUUGAUUGGAUUCUUUGUUGCUUUUGGAGUUAUCAUGGGGAAAAUGGGAGAGAAGGCAAAGCUGAUGUUAGAGUUUUUUAACGUCCUGAAUGAGAUUAUCAUGAACAUCGUUAGCGCAAUUAUGUGGUACUCACCCAUUGGUAUUGCCUGCCUCAUCUGUGGGAAGAUCAUCUCCAUUGCUGACUUGGAGGUGGUUGCUAGGCAGCUGGGGAUGUAUAUGAUCACUGUGAUAGUGGGCCUCAUCAUACAUGGAGGCAUAUUUCUUCCGUUAAUAUAUUUUGUUAUAGUAAAAGAAAACCCCUUCACGUUCUUCAUGGGGAUAUUCCAGGCGUGGGUCACUGCUCUUGGAACAGCGUCCAGCGCUGGAACUUUGCCUGUCACGUUCCGAUGCUUAGAGGAGAACCUGGGCAUCGACAAGAGAGUAACUCGUUUUGUCCUCCCAGUGGGUGCUACUAUAAACAUGGACGGCACAGCGCUUUAUGAGGCCGUGGCUGCCAUCUUCAUCGCUCAGAUGAAUGGGAUUGAUCUCGACUGGGGCCAGAUUGUUACUGUCAGUAUGACAGCCACCCUUGCCAGUGUUGGAGCAGCCAGUAUCCCCAGCGCUGGACUUGUGACCAUGCUUCUGAUCCUCACAGCUGUGGGGCUGCCCACUCAGGACAUCAGCCUCCUGGUGGCUGUUGACUGGCUGCUGGAUCGUUUCCGUACCUCAGUAAACGUGGUUGGGGAUUCAUACGGAGCAGGUAUCGUGUACCAUCUUUCCAAAGAUGAGCUGGAUUCAUUCGAUGCUCAGCAGACCCGGAUGGAUGAGUUUGAGAUGGCAAAGACACAAUCCUACUUUGAAAAUAACAGCAACCAGAAUGUAUACACUCACCACAACUCAAUCUUGAUAGACGACUGCAAGGUCACCAUGGGCAAAAAUGGCACGACUCCAGAGUUCUGCCAUGUUGAGGAGGAACCAUGGAAAUGCGAGUAGAGCAGAUCCAGAUGCUGCUGCGCCUUACCCUGAGUUCCACCAGCUUUUACUUUCUGCUGACAAAACUUUCAA